CAAUGUACGUAUUAUAAAUAGAAAUUUAAGAAAUUUUUAAUAUUUUCCAAAUAUGUUUCUUUUUAUUUUGAAAAGUGGAUUUUAUAAAACAGUAGUUUAUCAUAUCUUCACAGAAUCUAAAUAAUAGAGAAAGACAUAGGAAUCUAAAUGAAAAUUGAGAUUUUCAAAAACUAUUUUUAAUACUUUCGCAGCAUUAAAUAGUUAUGGAAAUCAGUUUGGUUCAGUUUGAUUAUGUUUACAAUAAAAGUGCGAUUAAAAAAAAUAUUUUCAAAAAUCAAUAUAGUAACAUUCUUUAAAAAAUAUCAAGAGCGCUCAAAAUAACUUUAAUUUUUAAAUUAAGUUACUAAUACUGAUCAUUUAUUGUGUUUCCCUAAAUGUACCAUCACGCAUCAGAUUCCUAUUCUGUCGGCGAGGUAGACGACAAGCAUUCUUCGUUGCCGCGACGCAUCGUGAAAAUUUAGGAAGGGAGUUAGAGCAUGCGCUGCCGAGUUGAGCCGCGCGAGAAGUGCCGUUCGGAUUUAGAGUCGCGUGUCGCGCGAGUUUCAUCCGGUAAAGCACACGUCUCAAAAGUUCCGUGCCAAGUGGAACGAACCACAACGUCGCGCUUUUAGAAUGAAUACAAGAUGGUGACCAACUUUCUACUGAUACUAUUACUGAUAUUCCUGUCUCACGUGUGUGUUUUGGCGAAAGAGCUAGGUUUUCCAAAAAAAGUACAGAUAGUGGGGCUGUUUGAUGAAGAUGAAGCAAUUCAAAGCAUGUUCGAAUCGUCAGUAAAAGCAGUGAAUAAAAACAGACACGAGGAUGAAGAACUUUCGAAUGUAUUCUUAAGAGCGGAAACGGAAAAGAUUGAAACGGAUGAUCUGUACGAAGCAUCAUUAAAAGUAUGCAACUUGCUAGAUCUGGGAAUAGUAGGUAUUUUUGGACCUCAGGACAAAGUGGUCGCUGAGUUUGUGCAAAGCUUAUGCGAUUCAAUAGAAAUACCACGUAUCUCCGUACGGCAGGAUCUUGACCAAUCCUUUCACCUACGCGGAUUAAAUCUGAAUCUGUAUCCGCACGUGAAUUCGUUAUCACGAAUUUAUAAUCAACUCGUCGUAGAGUUCAAAUGGAAAUAUUUUGCAAUACUGUACGAAAAUACUGACAGUCUGAUUCGCAUGCGUCCCCUGCUGAAGCGAUGGCAUUCACAAGGCAAUGCAUUCAUGUAUCAUUUAGGCAAUGGAUCAAAUUAUAGGAAAAGUAUGCAAGAAAUAAAACAAUCGAAUAUAGAGAAUAUUAUCAUCGAUUGUUCGUACGAGAUUCUCGCCGAAGUUCUCAUACAAGCUCAACAAGUUGGAAUUUUAUCCGAAAAGUACAAAGUGAUUGUAACGUCUUUGGAUCUACAAACCCUGGAUUUAGAACCGUAUCAAUUCUCUGGUGUCAAUUUCACUGGCGUGCGCCUGAUUGACCCUGAAGAUCCAAUAGUAGUAGAAACCUUGGAGAGGCAUAAAAAUGAAUGGGGCCUAGACCAUCCUUCGCAGCUACGAGUUGAACCUGCGCUUAUGUAUGAUGCAGUGCAAUUAUUUGCAAGAGCUUUCAAACAAUUGAAAGAUGCUAUAAAGGGCGAUGUCAAGAAAUUAAAAUGCGAUAAUAGUAGCAGGUGGGAACACGGAUUGAGCUUAAGUAACUUUAUGAGAUCGACCGAAACAAAAAGUUUAACAGGCCUUGUUAAAUUUGAUAGAGAUGGUUUCCGCAGUAACAUAAAAUUAGAUAUUAUACAUUUGGCUGAAAAAGGUUUGAAAAAAGUCGGUGAAUGGAAUAGUACAACAAAGGAAAGCAUCACUUGGUUUCCAGAAAUUAAUCUUAACAAAAUAGACAAUACCAUGAGCAUAAAAAAUAAGACAUUUAAAGUUUUAAUUUCGAUGACGGAGCCAUAUGGAAUGAAAACAGAAUCAACAGACAUAUUGAGUGGCAACGAUCGUUACGAAGGCUUCGCAAUUGAUCUAAUACAAGAAAUUAGUCAAAUACUGGGAUUUAAUUAUACCUUUGAUGAGGAGAACGUAUAUGGAGAUAGAAAUAAACACACUGGAAAAUGGUCUGGUAUGCUUGGAAAAAUUAUGGCUGAUGAAGCAGAUUUGGCCAUUACAGAUCUGACGAUUACAUUGGCACGAGCAGAGUACUUCGAUUUUUCAAAUCCCAUACUGAAUUUAGGAAUAAGCAUACUGUAUAAAGCACCUAAGAAAGCACCACCAGAAUUAUUUUCAUUUUUAUUACCAUUUUCAAGUGAUGUCUGGCUCUGUUUAAUCGGUACUUACGUGAUCGUAUCAUUAUUAGCCUUCAUAACUGGGAGAUUGUGUCCGCCAGAAUGGAACAAUCCUUAUCCAUGCAUUGAAGAAGCCGAAAUGCUUGAAAAUCAGAUGACAUUCAAAAACGCAUUUUGGUUUUCAAUUGGUGCUAUCAUGCAACAAGGAAGUGAAAUAGCACCUAUAGGUAUUUCGACAAGAAUGAUUGCAAGUUGCUGGUGGUUUUUCUGCCUCAUAAUCGUGUCUAGUUACACAGCUAAUCUAGCAGCGUUUUUAACUGUAGAAACUAUAACAAAACCAUUUAACAAUGUUGAAGAAUUAGCACAAAGUAAAAUAAAAUACGGAGCAAAAGACGGAGGAUCUACACUCGCUUUCUUCAGAGAUAGCAAUCAUUCAACGUACAAAAAUAUGUACGAAUACAUGACGAAAAAUAAAGACCUACUAGUGAAAGAUAAUAAAAUCGGCUUAAACAAAGCUAUAAACGAAGACUAUGCCUUUCUGAUGGAAUCUGCUUCAAUCGAAUAUGAGACAGAGCGAAACUGCGAAGUCGCGCAAGUAGGUGGUCUCUUGGAUGAAAAAGGGUACGGAAUUGCAAUGAAGAAAAACUCGCCAUAUUUACAUAAUAUAAAUGCAGCUUUAUUAAAAUUAUCGGAAGCCGGAAGAAUUCAGGAGAUCAAAAAGAAGUGGUGGACAGAAAAAAGAGGCGGUGGCAAAUGUCGGGAAAAUGCAGGAACCACUGAGGCGGCAUCUCUAGAUCUCGACAAUGUAGGUGGUGUAUUCUUUGUGCUCGGCGUAGGCGUUGCCUUAUCCUUCGUGUAUACUAUAAUUGAAUUACUUUGGGAUAUUGGCCAAACAUCUAUUCGAGAAAAUGUGCCUUUUAAGCAGGAAUUAAUAAAUGAACUGAAAUUUAUCGUAAAAUGCAGUAGCUCUAAACCAGUACGAAAAAAUGGACUGUCCAAUAAAAGUGAAAAUGACAGUGCAAGAGCAUUUACUCCUCCAUAUGGUUUUGUACCAACAGUAAUCAGAACGUCACCAGCAGACGAUAAAUAA